CUCCUUCUUUACAAGUGCCACCAGAGACAUUUCUGUUAAAAAUGAAUGCUAGAAAGCUGCACGGAUUUACAGCCCUUCCUAUGCUCCCCUGCACUACUGCGGCGAACUCGGUACCCAGAACCUGCUAGCUUAUUUCUUCUAAUGCCUAUAAUGUUCGGCACCUCAGAAUCCUGCACAGCUUGUAUACCCUGUUCACUUGUUCCAGACGGACAAACUACCGAUUCAGACCUGUAAAGGAAGACAGUAAUGGCUUUUAGCAAUAGCUUAUUAUUUUAGCAUUUACUAAUAGAAAAAAAAUGGACUGAACUACACGUUUGUGUGUGAAGCCUUGCUCGGAUAACUCUAAAGGAUAACUACAGAUAGCUCUUUGGAAGUGCUGUAACGCAGAGCAUUGUGCAGCUCCACGCUGAGUGUUUGCUUCCCUUGUGUAUGUGAAGCGCUUCAUCUUUGGCAUUUCUUCCCCUGCUCUACGUGAUAAUGAUGGUUGAGUCCGGCUCCUUCUGCUGGUAACAGUCUGCCUUCACACUCUGGCUUUCUGUCGUUCCCUUCUUAUUCCCUCAUUGCCUCUGUCUUCUUGGAUCUACGCUGCUUUGGUAGGAAAUCUAAACUCGACUCUUGUCCUCCUUCAGCUCCCUGUUGAUAUGAGCGCAAACCAAGACGACCCCCAAGUUCGGAGACUUCAUGUUGCUUUCUCCUUUCUGGAUAUAUAUGCAUUAUUUGAUUGUUGAAAACUCGAGAAGUCCUUGACUGCAUGGAUUAAAAGCAGACAUGAGUCUUGCGAUGAAGCUGAAAUGCCUGAGUCUUCUUUUUGUUGGGAUUAUUACUGCAGCAAAUGGUGAAAACUGUGGGGGAUUGGUUCAAGGCACAAAUGGAAGUAUCGAAAGUCCAGGAUUUCCUCAUGGCUAUCCAAACUAUGCCAACUGCACCUGGAUAAUUAUCACUGGAGAACGUAACAGAAUACAGUUAUCCUUUCACACAUUUGCUUUGGAGGAAGACUUUGAUAUUUUGUCAGUUUUUGAUGGGCAGCCACUACAGGGGAAUUUAAAAAUGAGGUUGACUGGAUUUCAGCUUCCAUCUUCUAUUGUAAGCACAGGCUCAAUCCUUUCCCUUUGGUUUACAACUGAUUUUGCAGUAAGUGCACAAGGCUUCAAAGCUAUCUAUGAAGUGCUGCCAAGUCACACAUGUGGAAGCCCAGGUGUCAUAGCUAAAGGUAUUCUACACGGAACAAGAUUCAAUAUAGGAGAUAAAAUCCGUUACAGCUGUUUAUCUGGUUACAUCUUGGAAGGCCACGCCACUUUGACUUGCAUUGUUACUCCAGGAAAUGGUGCACUGUGGGACUUCCCAGCUCCUUUUUGUAGAGCUGAGGGAGAAUGUGGUGGAACAUUAAGGGGUACUAGUGGAGCAAUCAGCAGUCCACUUUUUCCUGCAGAAUACAUCAACAAUGCUGACUGCUCAUGGACAAUCCUGGCCGAACCCGGAGACACGAUUGCCUUAGUUUUCACUGAGUUUCAGCUUGAAGAAGGCUAUGAUUUCCUCGAGAUUAGUGGAACUGAAGCACCAUCAAUAUGGCAAGUUCAAAGACAAUAUUUCUGUACUGCUUGA